AUGUGCACGGACCUACGCGGAAUCCUUGAGAACGCAAUGGCUACCACACAUCAAGCCGAAUCUUCAGUUCCCGAACUCCAAGCAGCAUUUGGUUCAAUACUCCUCGCCCGCCCAACACCAGCAGCGCCUACUCCUGCAGAGCCACACUCCUAUAUCGUGGGACGCGGUUGUUCUGGCAGAGGCAUCCCCCCGUGGUCUCUGGACAGGGUUCAGCUACCCAAGUGGACCGGCGCAUUCAAGCUGUUCGACUUCCCACGCGAACUUCGAGACAGAAUCUUCCACUACGUUGUCUACCGCCCAGAAGGCAUAUACUACAAUGCGCACCGCAAUCCAGAUCUGAAGGAUAUCGGGCCGUGCGAAGACGCUAUCAACCUUUUCCUCGUUUCCAGACAGGUCUACCAUGAGGCGAUGCAAGCAUUUGGGCGCUCCAACACUAUUGCGCUAUCUGCCAAGUACAGCCCACGAGAAGGACUUCACAAGCCACUCAGCGGCUUGCUUCGUCUGUUCCCUGACCGUGCUGCUGCUACGGCAACGAAGAUAAGGCACCUGUACCAUGAUACGGUACCCCGACCGUAUGGAAGGUACGGCAUAGCGCCGAGCCAUAACAGUCUGUUCGAUGGAGGCGAUGGUACCGGUCAUUUCCGCAAGCGUCAGCAACCUGGAGAGACUUUCCUGGAGAUAUUGCGGGAUGCGCAUACCCUCACGCAGCACUUCCCUAAGCUGAGCACCUUCGAAGCGGCUUGGGAGGUCGGCCCUGGUUUUUACGAGUACCCGAUACCAGAAUGUGUUGUGCGUGACAUCGCGACAUUCUUAUACAAAGGCGGCAGCCAUGAAGAGGCUGUAGAUAUGUGGUUGCAUCUCAUGAGGGGCUGGGUGCAGGGGGCUAACGUGGUUCCGCUGGCAUGCGUCUGGUUUGAGUGCCGAGGAUUCGGUGCUGAUGGAUUCGGUGAGGACAUGGAUGAAGCUGCGAAUGAAGCGUAUCAGAAAGUGGUGAAGGAGUUGAAGAAUAGGGAGGACAUUGAGGCUAGUGGGGCGCUGUGGCUCGAAGAGAUGGAGGAAGCGAGCAGGAGCAGGAAGAAGAAGGGCAAGGGAAAGACGGCGCGGAAGUGA